CACGUAUUGUAUAAAAAAUAUAUAGGAUUAUCUUUCUAAUUAGCUUUGAAAAUGGGAAGAAAACGUAAACACGACGGAACGGAUGAGAAAAUUAGGAGAAAGAUUCGAAAAUUAAACAAAUAUCUGCGAAAACACGGACGAUCUAUAUCGAGUUCAUCUUCGUCAGAGUGCGAAUCAGAUCACAAUCUUGAAAACCGUGAAAAUGAGCAAAUCAUUUUAGAUGAAUUAUCAGAUGAGGUCUGUCCAGAAAACCAGACUCAAAUUACAGUUGAGGAUAGUAACGAGGAAAAAUUAGAUGAUGACAUACUACUUCUUUUGGGUGACCCACCUAAGGAAGAAUCACCUGUGGGUAAAGAUAUCCAUAAUGACAUGGCAGACAGAUUAAAAAAUGUUCUACUAAACGGCUUAUCUAAGGAAAUAAAACAAAAAAUUUCGGAAGAAUACCCCACACCGGGAAACUGUCAAUAUUUUAAGGCACCUAAAUUGAAUCCUGAAGUUAAAGCCGCUAUUUCCGAUUUACUGUAUAAAAAAGAUACCUCUUUAGCUACAAGGCAAGAACGAAUCGGUACAGUUCUGACAGCUCUCACGCAAGCAAUGGACAUUCUUAUAAAGUGCAACAAUGACAAUAACAAUCAAAUACUUAUUAAACACAUAAGUAAUGCUUGUCGCCUGUUAUGUGAUUCACAUUUUAUAGACACGCGUUUACGACGCAAUUUUCUAAUCUCAACCUUAAACAAUAAUAUGAAGGAGACACUGAAGGAAACGAAGAGAGAUAAACACUUGUUUGGCGAGGAUCUGCCUGAAAGAUUAAGAGCUUCUAAAGCCAUAACUAAAACUGGACAGGACCUGAAAAACACAAGACCGAAAUCUCAUGUUAAUAAGCCUGAAACAUCCACUUCUAAACAUCCCUCGAACAAUUUAAACUGGAAGCACCCGCAUUCGAACUUUCAAGCGAGAAAGCCUGCUCAGAAUCAUCAGCGUCGAGAUGCGGGUUACUCGGCAGCGCCUCAUCAUCAGCGCUCGCAGACAGCAACGACAACUGCGCCGCCACGCGGAGGAUCGACGUCAACUCGUGCUCGGGGCAAUGCCCACUGGAACCAGCGACCUCAGGGGAGACACUAAUCAACGAGCAGGUCGCAACACAGCCUCCACAAAAACCUUACCCUGGCUGCAGCAACCUUAUCAGGGAGUCUUUGUUAAAAAGAAGCGUACCGCCUUCGUCUAUUAACAUUAUGAUCAAUUCUAUAUCUUCUAAUACCCAAAAGCAAUAUGAUUGUUACUUAAAGCAAUGGUUUAUAUUUUGUAAUAAUCAAAACAUUGAUUACCUAGAAGCAUCAGUACCAAAAAUAAUAUAUUUUUUAACAAAACUUUUCGAAAAUGGAUUCAAAUAUGGCAGCCUCAAUUCUUGUAAAUCAGCUUUGUCAUUAAUAAUUAGUCAUAAUAUUAUGAGUGAUGAGAGAAUCAAAAGAUUCAUGAAAGGAGUAUUUCGAUUACGGCCACCGGAACCCAAAUAUGAAUAUACUUGGGAUACCAAUAUAGUUUUAAAUUAUUUAUCUCAACUGUAUCCAAAUGAAACGUUAAGUUUAGAAUUGUUGUCUAAAAAAUUGGUUACUCUUUUAGCUCUGAUUACUGCUCAUCGAGUGCAGACGUUAUCAAAAAUAUUCAUACGUAACAUAAAUAUCUCCCCUUAUAACAUAUUGAUUAAAAUUUCUGAUUUAAUCAAAACAUCAAGACCUAAUACAUGUCAACCUUUACUUAAAUUACCUUUUUAUAAUGAAAAACCUGAGAUUUGUCCAGCGAAAGUAUUAUGUAGUUAUUUAGAUCAAACAUCGGAUAUCAGACCAAGUAAUUGUAACAAUUUAUUUAUCAGCCACAGAAAACCUCAUAAUAAGGUAACUAGUCAAACACUCAGCCAUUGGAUUAAAGACGUGCUCCAAAAGAGUGGUGUGGACAUUAGCAUUUUCAGUUCACAUAGUACGAGACACGCGUCCACAUCGAAAGCAAAAUCUCUCGGAAUAAGUGUAGACUUGAUCCGCAAAACUGCAGGCUGGAGCGCGUCUUCUUCAGUGUUCGCUAGAUUUUAUGAUCGAGAAAUAGAAAUCGAUCAGGCUGAAACUUUUGCUCGAUCAGUACUAAACUAGUAGUACUUGUUUAUUGUUAGCAACUGUAUAAUUAAUCCUGUAUUGUCAAGUUGACCAUGUUACCAUUAGUUUAUUUUCUGUUUCUGUAGAUCAGUUAAUUGUUCACUUUGAAAUAUAUUUCAUUGAUUAUUUGGGUAAAUAUAUAUAUCUUUAUUUAAAAACACGACGCCUGAUUUCAAACCUAUUAACUCUAAACAUCUACAAAGUCAUAUUAAUCGCGAGAAUUGAGCAGUGAAGCAUAAUUAAUGAUUAAACGAACUUACCUGUACGUGAAGUUCUAUCAUAAUUAUGCGAGCUGCUCAAUUCGAAGCGAUUAAUAGGUAUCACCCUCCCUACUAAGAUUCCCUGCCCAUAGAGGUCUGA